UUGGGAGGACUCUCGCCCUGACUCGGUGAAGGUUCCUUCUCCCUCUUCCCCCCCCCCAAGCUCUCGUCCCCCCCCUCGGCGAGGCAGAGCCCACCCAGGAGGGCUUUUAAAAAUCAGCCCUGUGCCGUGUGCGGGUGUGAAGUUGCUGACAUGACUGCCGCUGGGUCCCGGUGCACCGGGAGCGGCGGGGGGCCGGGUUUAAAGGGGAAUCGUGCUGCAGACAAUGCACGGCGGCAGCAUCUGGAGCAGCCCUGGGGACCCGAGCUCCGGUUUUGACAUUGCUGCACACACAGAGCACCAGCCGCAAUGACAGCAGCUGCUCGGAGUGGCUGCAGGCAGCAGGCAGGAGCAUGAAGUGAAGAGAUCACUGCAGUGCUCAAGAUGAACUCCUCUUUGGUUGGCAACCAGAGUGGCCGGCCCUUCUGCCUCCUGGCCAUUAGCUAUUUGGAGACCAUCAAUUUUUGCCUCCUGGAAGUGGUUAUUAUCGUGUUCCUCAUGGUGCUGAUUAUUUCGGGCAACAUUAUCGUGAUAUUUGUCUUUCACUGUGCACCUCUGCUGAACCACCACACCACCAGCUACUUCAUCCAGACCAUGGCGUAUGCUGACCUCCUGGUGGGCGUGAGCUGUCUGGUGCCUUCUUUGUCUCUGCUGCACUACCCUAUUGUUUUGAGUGAGUCCUUGGUUUGCCAAAUCUUCGGGUAUGUGGUGUCGGUGCUGAAGAGCGUCUCCAUGGCCUCUUUGGCCUGCAUCAGCAUCGACAGAUACAUUGCCAUCACGAAGCCGCUGACCUACAACACGCUGGUUACCCCGUGGAGGCUUCGCAUCUGCAUCCUGAUCAUCUGGCUCUACUCCUGCCUGGUCUUCUUACCCUCCUUUCACUGGGGAAAGCCUGGAUAUCACGGGGACGUGUUCCAGUGGUGCGCCAAUUCCUGGAACACCGAUCCCUAUUUCACCCUCUUCAUUGUGGUGAUGCUCUACGCCCCGGCCGCCUUCAUCGUCUGCUUCACUUACUUCAACAUCUUCCGCAUCUGCCAGCAGCACACCAAGGAGAUCAACGAGAGGCGGGUGCGCUUCAGCUCCCAGGAUGGGGAGGCUGGGGAGGCCCAGCCCUGCCCGGACAAGCGCUACGCCAUGGUUCUUUUCCGCAUCACCAGCGUCUUCUACAUCCUCUGGUUGCCCUACAUCAUCUACUUUCUGCUGGAGAGCUCCAAUGUCUAUAGUAACCGCGUCGCGUCCUUCUUGACCACUUGGCUUGCCAUUAGCAACAGUUUCUGCAACUGUGUCAUUUACAGUCUCUCCAACAGUGUCUUUCAGAAGGGGCUUAAGCGUCUCUCGGGGGCUAUUUGUGCCUCCUGCGCUAGACAGAGGGUAGCCAAGGACUCCUCUACCUCUAGGAGCAAAAGAUCUUCCAAUGGAUGUCACGUCUAAGACGCCCAUCAGCUGGACUGGGAAGUGCAGGGACAACUCUGUAAAUUGCAAAAUAAGUUAAAAUAUGAUUUUAAGAUGUCCAGAUUUGCAAAAAGGUUUCUGAGAAAUGCUGCUGACACAGAAGAAUCAGGAGCACAUAUCAUUGUGAUUUCACUUUAAAAAAUGAUUUCUGUGGAGGAGGCUGUGGAGUUUCACCUCCAUAUUCAUUUUUAAGAAUAAAGCUGUAUCUUGACACUUACCUCUCCAGCUGGUGUGACUGAAUGGAGUGGGUGUCUGAGAGCUUCGGCAAAAUGUAGUCUUUCUUACAGCUUUACUAGGUUCUUUCGAGAUUCGUGCUUCACAUGUAAAUGAUAGAUCUGAAGUGGAAAUGUCACGGUAUAUGGUAUAUUACAGGGAUUUUUUUUUAAUAUAUGCCAAAGUAUAUUGACACAAUGUUCCAGCAUCAUAACAGAAGGGGCCAAAAAAAUUUGUUUUUCAGUGCUACCUAGACAGGACUUCUAGAACAGUAGUGAACAAUGUGAACAUUUCAGAGUGAACUUAAAGUCUUACUGAGCCGUGAGGCAGCGGUGUGAUGUGAACAGCCCUGCCCUGGGAGGACUGACCUGGCUCCCCUGCCCCCUUGCUCUGGUAGGAUGCGUGUGUGCCAUCCCAGUACGGCAUCUGCAGUCUCCUGUUUGUUGUGAAGGAAGAAGAAAAACUUGGAUCAGACCAAAUUUAGCAGUUAAAUAAAAUGUGUUUUGAUAAGCUCAGAGAAAAUAACAUGUCGCUUUAUGAUACCGGAGUUGUGGCAGCCACUCGAGGAUGAUGCCAACAUGUGAAAAUUAUUCUCAAAAACAGUGGAGAAAUGCCACGGUUUUGUAUGUGGAAAUUUUCUCAAGAACAACUUUAAAAAUAACAUGUCCCCCCCCUCUUUUUUUUUUAAUCUAAAUUCUUCUGAUAUUUUACAUACUAGAACUUAAGGGGAAAGGAAAGAAAACAAUUGUCUUCUAAACAGCUAAGGGAACUAUGUUGUAAAUUUAACUGUAGUAUUUGAGUUAUUCAUAAGUGUGCAGAGCUAAAUGAGAGACAUUUUUCUUUAGCCUUCAUGGGAUUAAAGAUGGUUCGAAUAUAGCAGGAGCUAAAUCCUGUUGGCAAAGGCAUAUCUAACUGGUCAAACAAAGUCAGUGGCUGAGAAACAAAAUCUCAUUGACCACAGCUUUUUCAGGCCAGCUCUGAUGCAGUAUUUUUGAGUUCUGCGGCGCUGAUAAGAAGGUGGUGUGACCCUCCCGUUGAGUGGUUUUCCUAAAGAAUAUCCUUGUCUUUUUGGUGAUGCCAUAUUGGAAAAUGAAAGUGAACCAAGUAUUCCUGUAAUAACGGAUUACAGUCUGUGUUGUCUUAUCUCACGGGGGUCUCUGGUCUGAGAAGGGGUUGCCCACAGGACCUUCCUUGUGCCUCCAGCGGGAGUGCUGGCUGCUGGGGGAGUCCUCAGCCCGUGUGUAGGGCUGGAGUGUAUUUAGUGGUGGUGGGAAUGAAAAAAUAUUAGGGAAAAGUAAUUUGAUUUUUUUAAGCUUUGGGUAAUUCUCUUGGCCAAAGGGAAGACUCUGUGUUUUUGUUAAAAGGCUUCAGGUCUGCUGUUGUUGAUCAAGAUCAUCCUCUUUUUAGUACUCUGCUCUGUCCCUCCCCGGGGCGUACACGCACCCUCCUCUGCUCUGCUGUGAGCCCCAGCCUCUCCUCGUCCCUGCUCUGCCCUGCAGAAUGGCAGUUUGUGUCUCUGUCACACACCACCAUGGCUGCAGAGCGUCCUGCUCCCUGCCCAUCCUCCUCUACUCCAGUGCUGUCCUGCGAGGAGACAGGGAGGAAGAGGGAGCAGCGGGAUGAAGCCCUCCUGGCACGUACCUGUCAGUGCUCCAUGCUGACAGCCCCCAGUCCCCUGUGUGCGUGCCCCUGCCAGGGGGGACGGGGCAGGACCCUGCUAUUGCUGCCUGGUUCAGGUUCAAGAACCCUGUUCCAAAGCGCGUUGAGGUCAUACCCUGGUCUGCUCUCAACCUAUUUCAUCCAUAGUCCAAACCUCUCAAGAUAAACUUCCUCCUAAGUUCACCCAAAAUUUUAAGAACAAAGGUUGUCUCAACCCUGCUGCCUUCACGGUGACAUUUCUCCUUUUCUCCUUGCCUUUUGGACUUAGACAGUGUCUGGAGCAGGGGCUCUUGCUGGGCUCCUUGCACUGCCACGACAGCGGAGACGUGCUCUGCGGAGCUCUUGCCGUCUGAAUUUUGGGCAGAGACACAGACAGCCAAGGGGGAGCAGAGUGUCAGGGUGUAGUGAGUCAUUUAUAAGUGGUAUAAUAAGCUGACAGCACAUCAGCCGGCUAAUUGUUCUCAAGUGUUUUGUAGGUAUUAUGGCGAAGGUGAGCUUUGGGGAACAAUUUAAGGGCUUUAGUCACUAAUAUCAAAGCGUGUGUGUGUGGUAUUUUUGGAACAGCCUCUCAGGUAAAUUCCCAAUAGCUUUUCUCCGACUCCUCACCUUAUCUAACAUUUCCAAGUCUUCGAUGUGAUGCAGUCUAUCAUUGAAAUAGUAUUUGAAUAAAUUUAGUAGAAGAAAAUUAUGUGCUAGGGCCUAAAACCCUAAAAAUGGCAGUUUUAGGCUUAAGUGGAAGCUGGAGCACAAAGAUCGUUGUUUGGUUUUUGUUCGUGACAUGACUAGAAGGUUUCAAUAGGAGCCUGAUAUGUUAGUGUUUGAGAAUAUGUGAAACUUUAAAAAGUGGUAAGGGGUCUCAGCCACGGCACAGAGAUUGGACUGGAGGUGAAGCAGUUGCUACUUCAGCUCUAGGCCUGGAAUUGUACCCAAAGCGCCGUGGCUGCUGCAGAUGCCGAUGCAGAUGUGCACUUCCAGCUCCUGGUGCUGGGCAGCUGAGGUUCCCUUAUAACCUUCCCAACAGCCAGGCCCUCGGUCAGUUGCCUUACUCAUCUCAGAGUCUUCAUCAGCUCCGGUGAUUUCUGAGAGAAGAGAUAGUCAGACCCAGAAGUCUCCGGAGAUGAGGACAGAGAGGAGCUGCAGUGAUUGAUGCGUUCAAGUUUCAUCCAGUGUUUUUACAGACACUUUGAAAUACUGCCUCAGCAGCUUCGUUUUAGUGUCAAAUGUUUCUAUUUUUGUCUGUGUUAAUUUAUUUAUUUUUUUUAAAUCUAAAUUACUAUUUUUUUUCCCUCUAAGUUAAUUUAAUGUUGAUCUAGGUUUGUGUGUGAUUAGGUGUUUUAAAUAUAACAUUUUUGUCUGUCGUCUUCAGUGAAAUGGCACGGGGGUGAAUCUCGUUCACUGUGCCAACUGCGGAAGAAAUAAUUCUGAAAUAUAUGACCUUGUUUGCUCAGCACUCCGUGUAACACCCUUUGUCAUAGAGUUAACAUGAGGCAUCAGUAGCCCUUUUGGUCACAAUUGUUAGGAGCAAACUUUCCAGCUGGAUCACCUUCAUGGUUGUACAUAGGAAACUAAUCCUUUUCUUGGCCAUAUUGGUGUCCAAGUGUGCCUGCUGCUUCAGGAAUUGCUCUCAGCUGAAUGCCACACCAAGUACAAUACAGAAACCAAAUUAUAUCUUCAUAAAACUUGUGGGUUGCGAUAUGAUUAAAUGGACUAAUUUUGAAGUUCCAUCUCAGACUAUAAAUUUAUUUUUUUUAUUUGGGUUAUCUGCAUUGCUUUCAAAUUAAGUCGCUGGAAGGUUCAAUUUGCAGGGUGCAAUUCAGUGGCAUUUUCUGAGUACUGUGGAAAGGAUUUCUAUUCACACAACUUCUCAGAAGGUGAUAAUUGAUUUCCUCUAGAACUCUUGGUUAUGUUUUUUUUUUUUUGAGUUUACUGGAAGUUUAGGUCAUGACUAUAUUGUCCUUUUUCAAAUAGGUUGGUGGAAAAUCUGUGAAAUACUAUUUUUUCACAAUCUCCAAUCUAGUGACAGUAUUUUUUAAUUCAACGGGUGUCUUGUGUGUGAAACAAAAGUUUUGCUGUUUGUUUUUUUUAAUGAAACGUUACUGCAAUCUUUCUUUGCUGUUAGGGGUUUUGUACUUGUUUUUAAGGUCCUUAUCACUCGGAAAUUUGUUUCCACUGGUUGGAAUUCUGGCAGGGCUCAGGGUGAGGGUGCCAAGGGGCAGUCGGGAAUAUUUGUCACAAAUCUUUGAGAAGAAAGUGGUGCGAAGGAGCGAGGUGCAGGGAACCUGGAGCAGCACGAGGUUGUGAAGAGGAUUCCUUCCAGCAGAGACAUGAACAAGUUUCCACUUUUGAGUCUCACGUUGUGUCUCGGUGGCAUCGUCCCUUUCCUGCAUAAAGAGCUUUUAGUUGUAAGAAGUUGUAAAUUUCAGCAAUUUGUCUGUUGUGAAAAAGACACUUGCGAGGCAUGUGUGUGAUGCGAGAUGGAAACAUUCAGUGCACAAAGUCAAUAAGCAGAUUUUUCAAUAUUUAUUGUGCCAUUACCAAGUGCUGUGAUGAUGACACGUACUGAGCCUUCAUGAGCCAGGAAGCCUGAGACGUUCCAGUCUCAUCUCACCCCACAACAGGGCUUGAAGUUGACAGAACUUCUCCGAAUUCAGGUUGGUGCUUUAAAAAACAUGUGUCUUAGGAACUAAUGCCUGGGCAUAGGAGUCUACCUUUAGACAUUACAAAUGGCCCAUUUAAAACUUUUCCAGUUACUUGAUUCAUCUGUGGUAGGUAAUUUUAAUUUAAUAAGAGGAGGUGGAGGUUUUGGAGGUGUUACUUGCUCCGGGGUCCCUUAUGCUUUGUAUAAUCUGGGCUUGGAACUGGCCUUGGGCCAUCAGGCUGCACAUCAACAGCCUCUUUUCUGGGAUGGAGGGAGAAUCCCCCAUCGUGAGAACAACCUGUUUUUCACUAGAAAAGAAGGGUUCUGGCUUCUAGAGGCCGAUGACGUCUUAAAGCUUCUCAGUUGUUAUUUCCCCUCUUGCCUGUGCGUUGCAGAGGUACCGCUCUGAAAGACAAUUUAAUACUAAAAUUAUGUAUGUAAAAUAUUUUUAGAAGAGGGGAGUUCUUAAAAAUUACAAUCCCGUAUGUGUAGGACCAGAUGCAGUUGUAUUUAGAGAAGGAAACUGAAAGUUGUGGCCAGUGGAGACAAACAGAGGAAGCCCUCUGGGCAGCUGGGCCUGCGCUGAUGGUGGGAUGGAAAUCGCAGUUCUGUCACAACAAUGGAGUGUUUCAUUUGGGUCAUAUCCUUUACAGGACAUUUUUUUUUAAAAGAUGGGAGUUUAACCUUCUUGCUUUUGCUUUGCUGUACUCCAAAGGCAGCUUUUCAGGUUUUUUUUCUGUGACACAGGGUUUCCUGGGCAGGUGAAAUGUUCUCCUUAUGCAGGCGGCUUGGCUGGGGCUCCUACAUAGCGCUGACUCCUGUCACCUUUUUGGUUUUAUUCCCAUUCCAGAGGUUAAAACCAGCUGCCGUGGCUGGUGGUGGGUGCCCAUGGAAGUGUUGGUGGAUUUCACCUGUAUCAUAUUUGCAUCUCUCGAGCUUUAGCACUUAAUGAAAACCUUAACAAAAGUUACCUUCCUGUAUCCUGAUCCAGGACAGUUGUUUACAGCCUCUGUGACAGUGUGUCCAGGCAAAGCUGAUUCUCUAGCUGGGGAAUUUGUGGUUACUCCAGUUGAGAACCAGAAGUUGUAAAAAUCACCGUUGGUUUGUUGAAGGUGCUGGGGAGGGGGGUGGUGGCUGGGCGGGUCGGAGGAGGCGCAGGCUCUGCCCCGGGCAGAGAGCGGGAGGGUUACCUGUGCACGGGGUGAUAACCUGCCUUUAUUUGCCAAGAAGUUUAUAGAAAUGCUGAGGAAUGUGCGUUGCACUGGGUUAUAUUUAGAAUUUGAAGUGGGCAGCGGGUGCGUGCGUGGGGGAGAGCUGUGGGGCAGCCCCAGGUGGCCGGCCAGAGGGACAGGGGUCCCAGCUUCUUCUCCAGACUUCUUCCUUUUUAUGGAUUUGUAAGAUGAGGAUAGCAAUUUUGUAAUUCAAAGCUUUGGCUUCUCUCUGAUGGUCAUUUACUGGAGAGCCUUUCAUUAAAAAGUUAAAUAAAUUGAAGUACCUCCUUGUAAAGAUGAACUCCAGUCUUGCUGUGCACACGCCAGUCAUUCCGGGACGUGACAGAGGUCACGUGAGACCCGCAAUCAGAUGCUUAAUCAACCAAGUCAUCACUUCUAUGAUAAAUUGAAAAAAGUUCUUCUGGGAUUUCAACUGUAAAUGAGUCCUUGAAAAUCAAUAAUUAGAUUAGUAAAGGAUGACGUUUUAAUGUGCUGGCAGGAAUACAGAGGGAUUUGUCAGGGGAAGCAAAAACCAGACUUUGCACUAAAGUGGCUUAGGUGUAUUUAUAGUGCUCGUGAUUUGUGUGUGUGUGAAAUCUUUGGACUAUUUUAAUAUAACAUAAGGCUUUGAGCUUUAGCUAACUCGAGUUGCUCGUUUUAUGAAGUUACAUUAGUACCACACUGUGAAGUAUUUUUAAAUAUUAGUAUUACUGAGUAUUAAAAGUAUUUCAUAAAAACAUUUUUUAAAACAUUUUCUGUAGAUACUGUCAAAAAGAAUUGAUGUUUCGUGUGCAAAGAAAUAACCCCCCGAGGGCUGUAAGGUACCUGUGUGUUGCUGAUCACCUCGGUUUUUGAGGGGUUGGGUAUUUCUUGAGGUUGAAUUGUUGUCAUUAAAACCUACUAAAAAUAAUGGUGCCGUUAAUCCUUCCAGCUGAGAGGGAGCAGCGUUACCCCCGGCCACGCUUUCCAGCUGUCUGAAAGGGUUUGCAGUCACAGUUACUGUUUUCACAGACUUAUGUCUUCAGAAAUGCUGUAUAGCACAGUGUUUUGCAAGUUCCGACGCUGAUAAGUUUCUCUCCAGAUGUAACCUUUGAAAAUCGAGUUUCUGUUGUAAUUCUGGCAUGUGAACACUAGAUUCAAUUUUGUAUUCCUCUAAUGAAUGCGACGGGAUGGAAACGAGUUUGCAAUUGCUAAUGAUGAGCUUUUUUACUGUUCUUAAUACUCGUGGGUAUGUCUUUUUCUUCAGGGAUUUUGAAAUUGUAUUAGUACCUUUUUUAAUUGUUUUGGUUGGGUUUUUUUUUUCCCCACAUGCUGUUUACAAUUAAACCGCAAGCAUGGGAGGCUGUGCCUGCAUGUGCUUUUGGGUUGCUCUGCUGAAGGAAACGCAGGGCAGCCACCUGGCUGUAAAGGAUGCUCGCUCUUCCCCACCUCCCACCCGUGUCCCUGUGCCUUCCCAGUCACUGGGGCAGCAGAAGCCACUGGUGGGAUCGUUUCCGUGUGUUCUGUGGAGAUUUGACAUUUGUCAGAGGGUUGUUACGAGGAGCUCGGGGUGGGAGACAGUCCAGCUCCUUGCACCAGUAGUUUUUACAACUGGUAGUUUUUUUCCGGUGUCAGUGAAAAAGCCAAGAAUAGACAAAAAUCACAGGUAAGAAUGUGAGUGUGUGUGGGUGUAAGGGCUUCGGGCACCUUUUCCUGCUGGAAAUCGUUUUGUAUUAGGAGAAGAGAAAGUGUGAGUGUGAACCCCCUGCUCUGAAGAACUAUGGGGAAAAUAAAUCCUGCAGAGCGGGUCAGCAAAGCAAAGAGGGAAUGGGAACCAGUCCCAGCCCCGGGACUCUGUGACACGGGGUUUGCUUUGGGGGGGUCGGGGUGUCUGGCUCCAUCCUCCUCCUCCUCCUCCUCGCUGCCGGGGUUUGCUCCGCUCCACGUGGGACGGGGGAUGCUGAAGAUGGGGUUUGCCAUCCCAGGCAGCUGAGGGAGGGCUCUUGGUGUGGCUCCAGAAUUACCUAUUUUGUGCCAACUCAGAAUUGUUGUUAAAAUACAGGGGAGGGGGGGGUGUACUCCUGCCCCAGCGUUUUAAUAGACAUUUCUGUAGCUGAUUUUUCAACUAACACUAAUAAUAAGAAAAAACUACAGUUGAGCCAAAAAUGACAAAUGUUACUGAUUUAAAAUAAUACUUGCAUAUUUUUAAAUAUUAAAUGGAACUAGAUAAACCGGAAGCAUGUAAAUAUCUGAUUCUAAACCUUUGCAUAAUUAUUUCCAAGAGGUAAUUUUGCUAUGAGUUAUUAAAACUCAAAGAAAUGUAUUAUUCCCUUUGAGCUGACCUGUACCCAGCUGUGUUGUACAUCUCUUGGCUUGUUUCUUUUUUGCUGUAGAUGUACAUAAUAUAUAUAUGUGUGUACUGUGCGACUGUACAAUUCCUGCCAUGUUAAUGUAGUUGUAUUAAAAUGCACAUAUAUGUGUAUUUUACAUAUAUAUGUAUGUGUAUAUACGUAUUUAAACCAAGCAAUUGUCACAGCAGUAAUUAUACAGUCACACAGUUUAGGGCUUUGUAAAAUAUGUAAUUUUAAGAAUGUCAAUGUGGUUCUUAGCGGAUUUUCUAAACACUUUUCUGAAUCUGUUAUCGGCACUUCCCAUCCUAAGAGAAACUGCACAUUUUUCAGUGAUUGUUCCACUGGUUACAUUUUUGUCUGCCAUUUGUUCUGGAUUGAUGUAAUCUUGAUACUACUAAAAUUUCAAGGGCUGUUGACGCAUUUCACAUAGCCUAGGAUUGCCUGUUCUCCAAAUAUAUGGAUCAUGCAUCGACAGUACUAAGUAGCCUUACUGUUUUGCCUAAAAGCCUAGCUAAUUUAUUUAAUAUUCUCUCUUUAAAGAGAGGUCUCUGGAAGGGGUAGCAUAUUUUAGGAUGCUCCUUCUCUUUAAAGGGAAACUCGGAAUUGAAUAGCAGUACUUGUUGAUCAGUGAUAUUAUUGUAGCCAAAGGAUGCAUGGGUGGUUUAAUAGGAAGUUUUUGCUUCAAGUUUCUUGAUGAAAUGUAGUGUUCUACAGAGCUGUGUGAAGAGUGUAGUUUUUUAUUCUGAAAUGCACUUGUACACUUUAUUUGAAAGGUCUGAAUGGAUCAUAAAUACAUUUAAGAAAUAAAUGAUACGUCACAUGUUUUCA